UCCUUCUCUCUCUCUCUCUCUCUCUCUCUCUCCUCAACUCGGUUCUCGAAAUCGACGACUACGAGGUUUCAAAAAGCGGAGCGAGAGGACGAGCGGGGGGCGUCGAUUGUCGGAGGAGGAGAAGCAAGACAGGGCGAUUUCCAGAUUCAGAUUCAUCAUUACGAUCCGACCAUCGACGAGGUUUUGCGAAGCGAUCAAGAGGGCGAGCGGCGCGUCGAUUUUUGGAAGAGGAGAAGAAAGAGGGCGAUUUUAGUUUCAGAUUCAUCGUUACGAUCCAAUCAGCUCCUCCGGAAAUCCGAUCUUCGAUAGUCGCGAAGGAUCUACAUUUUCUGUUAUUUUUUUUGGCUUUUGACCCCUUCUUGUUUCUCUAACGGUAAAGAUCGCGAGCCCUUCUGGUAUAAAUCGUGGUUUUUUUUUUCUUGUUUUCUUACAUUUUCUUGCAUGGUAUUUUGUGUUGACGAAAAUGUUCUCACUUCAGUCUCGGCGUUGACAAUUUGUUGGAUUUUAGGUUAGGGUUUAAGAUAGGGCGUAUUAGGCGAUUGCGCAGCUAUGCUGAUCUCAGAUGUUGGGAUAGCAUUUUAGCUUUUUUCUGUUAUUGUGCGUGGCUGAGGGACUGCGCCAUGGCGGAUGAACGCAUGAAGGCGGUGGUUCACGAAGUUGAAGUUGAGGAUGGUGGUGGGGAGGUUGGGUUGCAGGCAUUGGUCGAGCAUGAGCAGUAAGAUGAUGAAUUAAGAGCUCAGCCUCUCACUGACCCAUCGGGAAUGGAAUGUAGGGUGUACAAGUAGUGGGCCUGCAAGAAACAGAUCAGCAUCGUCAGAGCAAGGUUCUGGGAGCUCCCAUGAUGUCAAGAGGUCAGGACGUGUCAGGCAAUUGGAUAUUGGAGAAUGGGAGAAGAAUUGUGGAGAGGUGGGUGACUAAAGAAAGUUUGAUAGAGAUGGGAGCAACAUUGGACAAGGAUAAGGAUGCCCAGCACAAGCGGCCUAAAGUCUUUUCUGACCAACAGCAAUAUUUUUAGCGCCUCGUCUCUUUCCACGAACAUAUUUCAAGAUUUUUUUUUCGUUCUUGCUGAUCGAAAUACCAUUUUCAUGCUUGUUGAAUUUUUGGUUUGAAGUAUGUGCUGGUCUAGUUUUGGCCUAUUAAAUUUUUUUUCCAACUUGAAUUUUGUUACUUAUUGGCUAUUGCAAUGGUUAUAUUACUUCAUCAUAAUUUGCUGGUCAUGUGAUUGAUAUAGAAACAACAUAGCUCCUUACAGUUGCUACCAUGAUUAUGCAGUUGCAAUGAAUAUGCAUUAGGGUUUACUAUAGAAACAUUUGAUUUGUUUGGAAAUGGAUUGAUAGAGUUUAAACCAGCUACCUUCGGGUGUUUAUUUGUAUGCCCAGUUAUAUUUGUCAUGUCUACAUGAUGGGUUGUCUACAACUACAGUCUACUUUUUUAGCAAUAUCAUGUUUGGAUUUGUUGUCAUAAUGUUUAUUGCCUUGUGUUGUUGUUAUACUCCAACUUUUAAUUCUUCAAACAUGGUUUCCUUUUCACUCCCUCCCCCUGAUUAUUCUUUUUCUUUGCUCAGUGAAGUGCCUACCUCUUCUACUGAACCAGUUGUACCAGCAUCUGCUAUUGAUUUUAUGACACUAAGUUCAUCAUAUCAACCUGAAGAAAUGAAAGGUCAGAGCUCCAGCACUCUACCAGAUGAUGGAAAUAACAAAUCCGAUGGUGGGGUUGCUUAUGGGGAUAUCUCAGGUACUAGAAAUACUGAGGAUGUGGAGUUCAGGAUGGAUCUUUCGGAUGAUCUACUGCAUCUGGUGUUCUCUUUCCUAGGACAAAAAGAUUUGUGUAGAGCUGGGUCUACAUGUAGGCAGUGGUUGGUAUCUAGCACAAAUGAAAAUUUUUGGAGGUGCCUAAAGUUUGAAAAUACAAGGAUCUCCAUACAGAACUUUAUUUCUAUUUGUGAUCAUUACCCUAAUGCUACUGAACUGAGUAUGAAUGGCACACCAAAUUCUGAUGCCCUUGUCAUUCAUGCAAUGAAUUCUCUGAGGGGACUUCAAACCUUAAUCUUGGACAAGGGGCAUUUUAGUGAUGUUUUUUUUCAUACAUUGACGAGCUGUCCUGCAUUAACUAGUUUGAAAAUUUCUGAUUCAUCGAUUGGCAAUGGUAUUCAAGAUGUAACUGUAUACCAUGAAAAUUUACACAACUUGCAGAUGAUAAAAUGUAGAGUUCUCCGAGUUAUUAUCAGAUGUCCUCAGCUACAAACUUUGUCUCUAAAGCGCAGCAGCAUGGCCCAUGCUUUGCUUACUUGCCCACAAUUAAAUGUGCUGGAUUUAUCAUCCUGCCACAAAUUAUCAGAUACUACAAUUCGAACUGCUGCUAUGUCAUGCCCUUUAUUGGCAUCAAUAGACAUGUCAUCUUGCUCUAGUGUCACUGAUGAAACCAUACGCGACAUAGCUUCCACAUGUCCAAACAUAUGCAUGUUUGAUGCUUCAAACUGUCCAAAUAUUUCAUUAGAGGCUGUGAGAUUCCCAAAGUUAAUGGAUUUAAGGCUUGAAAGCUGUGAGGGUAUAGUAUCUGCUUCUAUGACUGCAAUAUCAUACAGUGUGAUGUUAGAGUCAUUGAAGCUCGAUAACUGCAGCAUGCUUACUGCCAUGACACUUGAUAUGCCAAAGCUGCAGACUAUAAGUCUCGUUCACCUGCGCAAAUUUGUUUAUUUAGAUUUGCGGAGUCCUGUGCUCAAGCAGAUCAAAAUUUCUAGGUGUUCAGCACUUCAAGACAUAAGUAUCACUUCAAAUGUUCUUCAGAAACUGGUGUUGCAAAAACAGGAAAGUUUGGCUUAUUUGUCUCUGCAAUGCCAAAGCUUGCUAGAACUGGACCUUAGCAAUUGUGAUUCUUUGACAGAUUCUCUUGAAGUUUUCAAUAGUGAGGGAGGUUGCCCCAAGUUGAGAUCAUUAAUUCUUGACAAUUGCCAGAGCUUAAUUAUAAUCAAUAUCAAAAGUUAUACUCUAGUCUCUCUAUCCUUGGAUGGGUGUCGUGCCAUCACUACCCUUGAACUGUCAUGUCCAAAUCUUCAAGAACUAAAUCUUGAUGGUUGUGAUCACCUUAAAAAAGCUUCAUUUAGCCCGGUUGGCCUUGAGUUGCUUGAUUUGGGUAUCUGUCCACGAUUAAGUGUUCUGCAGAUUGAAGCGCCAAGCAUGCAAGUGUUAGAGCUUAAGGGAUGUGGCAUACUGUCUGAGGCUUAUAUUAGUUGUUCUUGUUUGAAGUCCUUGGAUGCUUCCUUCUGCAGGAACUUAAGUGAUGAAUCAUUGUCUAGAACAGCUAGAUCUUGCCUGCAGAUUGGAUCUUUGGUCCUUUCAUCAUGCCAAUCUGUUGCAUUUGAUGGGCUAUCUUCCUUGCAUUUGCUUCGACAUCUGGUUCUACUGGAUCUGUCCUAUACCUUUGUGACAGACUUACAACCUGUUUUUGACAAUUGUUUUAAUUUGGCGGUCUUAAGGCUCUCUGCGUGCAAGUACCUCACAGAUUCCUCCUUGGGUGCCCUGUAUAAGGAGAGUGCACUUCCAGCCCUAUGCAAAUUAGAUCUGUCAUACUCAUCUGUUAUGCAGCUUGAUAUACUAAAUAUUCUCGCUCAAUGUACGAAUUUGGCUCAUCUGAAUUUGAAUGGCUGUGCAAAUAUGCAUCAACUUGUCUGGAACAGAAGUUAUUGCAAUUUAUCUCAAAAAUCUGUCAAUGUCUGUUCAUCUUCCCCAUUGAAAGACAAUGAGAAGGAUGUCUACCUGGAGACUGGUCAUCUGCUUGAAAUUUUGAACUGCACCGGUUGUCCAAACAUUACAAAAGCCCUUAUUUCUUCAAGUGCCAAUUGUUUUUAUUUAUCAAAAAUAAACCUUAAUUUAUCUAUAAAUCUGAAGGAGGUAGAUUUGGCAUGUGGAAGCCUUUGUAUGCUAAACAUAAGCUAUUGUAAUUCCCUGGAGUUCUUGAGGCUCAAGUGUCCAAAGCUAAACAAUCUCUGGCUUCUGGCUUGCAGCAUGCUAGCUGAAGAAGAGUUAGAAACUGCCAUUUCUCAGUGUCCCACACUGGAAAUUAUGAACAUCGACUUUUGUCCUAAGAUACGUGCUAAGGAUUUGACCAAAUGGCAUGCGAUAUGCCCGAGUCUCAAACGAAUACAAAGCUGCGCAUAGAAGCUGUUUUCCAGCAGGCAAUCCUUCGAGUGCAGCUACAAGGAGCAGCCACUUUGUGCCCCCUUUUUUUUAAGAUGUACAUAAUUUGAAUGUGUUGUUUUUCGCAAUUUGAGGCUAUCAGGUGCAGAUGCACACUAUCAUGUUUGCUUUGUAGCUUCACUCUACUGACCUUUCAUCUUUUUUCUAUUUUUUUCAUUAUAAAGAGGGAGGUAGGGAGAAUAAUAUGUAGCAAUACGGUGAAAAGUUAUAGUUCGUAGACACAAUUGGAGAACCUUGUGAAAACUGAAACAGACAGAAAGCUUGCCCUGGAAAAUAAAACAAUAAUGCAGUUCCCUGCAUGAUGUUUCAUUGACAA